AGAUCAGCCUGACCAGCGUAUGAAACGUGCCUCUCCAGACGCACGGUGGUGGCCAGCGCAUUACACAGGCGGCGAUGUGGAGGUCAGUCUCUCAUCAGUGCAACGCACCGAGCAGUUCCCCCCCCCUAAACCACAUCUCUCCUGCCUUUGUCCUCUUCUGUCCUGCAGAAACAAGGGAUUUCGCAUUGCACUCGGUCGGCUCAUUCCCGCAAGUCACGUCUCUGUCUCGCUGUGCGAUUCCAUUCUUUGGGUGGCAGGUGUCCCGGUGCGUCGACGUCCUAACACCGGACAAGUGAUGCUCUGAGCUGUACUGUUGCUCCCCUGUCGCCUCACAUCUCUGCAGCAAACCGGGCUGGAAAUGGUCCCAAGCUCAACUAACCGGCGGCGUUCAGAGGUUAGACUCUCAGUCAACAGAGGGUCACAGCUACAAACACAUCACCCACCCUCUUCCUCCUGCCUGGCGAAAGUCGUACGUCUGCUGCCUGCAUUCAUCUAAACAGAAGUGAAGACUGACAGCAAACUUACACUGUAGUAGUACAGUACUGCCUUGAGUGUGUGUGUGUGUGUGUGUGUGUGUGUGUGUGUGUGUGCGCGCACUUCAGUGCCUUUAGUGUUCCCCAAGCCCUCCACUCUGUGUGUGUGCAAUGAUGUGUGGUUGUGUCAAGGUGGAGAGUUAAGAGGAAAACAGGACCUGUUCAAGUCCGCAAAACCAAGCCAGCUGCUGCGUAUGUGUGUGUGUUAGGGUUGAGCAGUCCAGCACGUGAGACAGUGUGUGUGUGUGUGUGUGUGUGUAUUUGUGUGAGGGGCUAGGGUUGACCAGGCUAUGAGUGCGUCUCAGAGGGAGAGGCUGUUUGAUGCUGAGUCGAGCUAAGGGAGCAGAACAGGAGAAUCUGUAAGAGGAGCAGCCAUGGGGCUCGGACAGUCCAGCAAGGCUCCAGUCACCGAGGACACAGACGAGGUGAAUUUCGACCACUUCCAGAUCCUGAGGGCAAUAGGAAAAGGAAGCUUCGGAAAAGUCUGCAUUGUACAGAAGAAGGACACUAAGAAGAUGUACGCCAUGAAGUACAUGAACAAGCUGAAAUGCGUGGAGCGGAACGAAGUGAGGAAUGUCCUGAAAGAGCUGCAGAUCAUGCAGAACCUUGAACAUCCUUUCCUGGUCAACUUCUGGUAUUCCUUCCAGGAUGAGGAGGACAUGUUUAUGGUGGUGGACUUGCUCUUGGGAGGAGACCUGCGCUAUCACCUCCAGCAGAACGUCCACUUCUCAGAGAGCACGGUCAAACUCUACAUCUGUGAACUGGCCCUGGCCCUGGGAUACCUCCGUACCAAGCGCAUCAUACACAGAGACAUCAAACCUGACAACAUACUACUGGAUGAAAAUGGGCACGUCCAUCUAACAGACUUCAACAUCGCAGCCAUUGUAAAAGAAGACCUUAAAGCAACGUCCAUUGCUGGGACCAAGCCGUACAUGGCUCCUGAGCUGUUCCAAACCUUCGAGGGGUUCCACCCUGGCUACUCCUUCUCGGUCGACUGGUGGUCGCUGGGCAUCACAGCCUAUGAGCUACUAAGAGGACAGAGACCAUAUGUAAUGAGAUCCAGUACACCGGCUAAUGAGAUCCUUCAGACCUUCCACAAGGUCCAUCCCAGCUACCCAGCAGCCUGGUCUCUGGAGAUGAAGUCUCUACUCAGAAAGCUGUUGUGCAUAGAUGUCAAGCAGCGCAUUUCCUGUCUAGCAGAGCUACAGGAUCUGGACUACAUGUCAGAUGUCAACGUGGACGCUGUACUCAGCAAACAGAUUCCUCCAGGCUUUAUUCCUAAUAGGCGGAGACUAAACUGUGAUCCUACAUUUGAGCUGGAGGAAAUGAUCCUGGAGUCCAAACCGCUUCACAAGAAGAAGAAAAGGCUUGCUAGAAAAACCAAGGACCAGGGAUCUGAUGGCUCCCCACAGAACGGUCAGUUGCAGCAGAGACUGGAUAACGUCCAGAGAGACUUCAUUGUCUUUAACCGAGAAAAGUCAAAGAAAGAAGUGGUGGAGUCCUCUGAGCUGUCCAUGAGUGAGAAGAACAAGGCAAUAGAGGAUGGACAGAACAACAAUGUUGAACCGGCGGCCUACUUAUCAGGAUAGGUCUCAUGACCGCAGAUCCUUACCUAGUCCCUUAUCACUUGCCCCUGCCCACAGCUUGUAGAUCAGCAAUUUACACCCAGACACCUAUUGUUCUAUCAGCACAGGCACUCAGAUCCGUUCUUCAAUGUUCCUGCACCACUACAUCGCCUAUACAAACACAAAAGCAGUAUGCACUUGUGCUUCACUGAGUGAAAUCGACUCUGAGAGCAGCAGCCAUGCCAGACUGAGGCUUUUCGCUUUCUUGUCACAAGAAGAAGGACUCUCAGCAGAGAGUUAUUCAUAUCGUGCUCCCUUACAUCACUCUGGUGCUCUAAGGUCUGCUCAACCUCUACUCUGGGCAGCAUGCUGAAGUGAAAAGGAAGUCUGCCAAAAAGGAGACAAUGCCACACCUGCUCAGCUGUAAUAGGAAAUAAAGUGACGUGGUCAGCUAUGGCUCAAAGCUUUAUGUACUGCUGCUGUUUUGGGCAGGACACUCAGAUUUUUAAUCUCAGCGAUGCAUUUUCUGGUUGAUUAGUUAUUUAAAUAUAACAAUGGUUCAACAGUGCUACAUGGGAAUGGACUUAACAAGAAUUGGCAUAAGAAGUUGGGUUAGCGACACAUAUAGAAAUACAAACACUUGGGUGGACGGCUUGAGAUUCGAGCAUGACACUAAGAGUACAACACAUUAAAAUGGAGAGGUUAGUAAGGCUAAAUGAGGCCUUUGUUUUUAAGACAGCAACCACAGAUUCCUCUAAGAUAGAAUAUGAAGAGCUGAACUGUAGGCUUGACCGUGAAUGGGUCCCUUUAUCAUAGCAGCAAAAACAUUGUUGUAGUGGUCAUUAUGCUUAGCUUUGCAACAAGCUACAAAGAUGGUAGGAUUGCAACAUUUGGUACAAUGCCCCAGCUCCAUCAGCUGCAGAUAUAGGCAAAACGUGUUUUCUUCACUUGCGUAUGCUUUAAGUUACUAUUGAAUAUAAAAACUAUUGAAAAUUUGAAAUGCACUUAAACAAUUGUUUUAAGGUUAACCUUUAAUGUCCAUUCAUGACAGUGGAAGCUUAUAUGAAGUUGCUUAGUUAAGGCCAACGGGAGCGGUUGAAAGCUCCGGGCACAACAAGUAAGUGGACCUUCUGAUGAAAGUUUUUUUGUCAAACAAGUUUUCCUUUAAAACACUGACACUGAUUUGGACUAACCUUUCACUGAAUCUGCAAAUGACCUACAGCAUCUUAAAAAAAGGUUUAUAGCUAUGAAAACUUAGAAAAGGGUAGAUGUUAUAUGUUUUGCACUGAACCUUGCUUUGCACAUGCUUCUUCAUCAACUGUAGCAUUUAUGCACAGAGAGACAUAAAAAAUCUAAAGCUGUGAGUGACUACUUAUUCCCUUAGGGAUGGUUUAAUAGACAAGGAUUAAUAGGCUGAGUCCUAUAUAUGAUUUCUUUUUCAGUUACUGUCUGCAUUGGAACUUGUUUUUGUCAAAUAUGUUAUGUCCUUCCUCUAUUGUGGUGAAUACAACCAAUUACAUGUGGCACCAGAUAAGUCUGUCAAUUUCAAUUCGCAAUUAAUUGCUCCCAUAGAAGAAUACAUUCUGCAACAAAAAUCUUGUACAGAUGGUAUUCAAAAGUAAUUCGGCACCAGCUGGAUAACACAUUGGGAAAAAAAUAUUAAUAUUGAUUUUUACAUUCAAAGUUGUUAACAAGAAAACAAUGACAGAAACAAACAACCACAGGCCAUGCAAUACUCCUUGUUCAUUCAAUUUAAGAUUUACUGUAAGAAACCACACCUGCCUCUGAAGAUGCAGAGGGAUGCCUUACACCAGGGGUCAGCAACCUUAGACAUGCCACCAUUAGCAUGUGGCAGCUCAACCAAUGGCACACUUAUUGCAAGUGUGCCAUUGGUCGAGCUACCGCAAUGGCACACUUGCAAUAAGUGUGCAAGAGAGUGUUUUGGAAAUGUUCCAAUCCACAUCCUAAAUGACCAUCACAGCCAUUGGCAUGCAGGAGCACAUCCUGGUAUUUACAGUAGUUUAAUUAACGUUUUCCCCAUCCUCAUUCCGCAAAGACCCGCCCCACUCUGCCUCUGAUUGGCUAGUAAUCAUCGCCUUCUUAGACCUUUUUCAUGGCAGACAUGUUGACAUGUCAUAGUAGGAAAAGCACAGGUGUAUUCAA